AACAAAAGUUACUGGUUCAAAUUUCAUAGGGCAUGGCUGGAGGAGAAUUGGUUGUAACUCCUGUUGAAAAUACUGGAUUUUGUCCAGAGGAUGCCACCAUAGUAGGGAACACCUGCUUAUAUGGAGCGACAGGUGGUCAAGUAUUUGUCAGAGGUAAAGCAGGGGAGCGUUUUGCUGUGAGGAAUUCUCUUGCUCAAGCUGUUGUAGAAGGCACUGGGGACCACUGUUGUGAGUACAUGACAGGAGGGUGUGUUGUGGUGCUUGGAAAGGUUGGUAGAAAUGUAGCUGCUGGUAUGACUGGGGGUUUGGCAUACAUUCUUGAUGAGGAUGAUACCCUUAUAUCUAAGGUAAACAAGGAGAUUGUUAAGAUCCAGAGAGUGGUUGCUCCGGUGGGUCAAAUGCAGCUAAAGAGCCUAAUCGAAGCCCAUGUGGAAAAAACGGGCAGCACGAAAGGCUCAACUAUUCUCAAGGAGUGGGACAAAUAUUUGCUACUGUUUUGGCAAUUGGUUCCACCCAGUGAAGAAGACACUCCGGAGGCCAGUGCUGAAUACGAGCAAGCUGCUGCUGGGCAGGUCACUUUGCAGUCUGCAGAGAUACCAUUGAAGUAAAUCUCACACGAGCACAGCCAUGACCAUGGUUCUAAGCAGGAGACAGUUUGUACAGGAAAGAAUGAUAGUCUCCACGGAAGGACGGUGAAGUCUGAGAGAUCAAAACUCUUAAAGGUGCAAGCAACUACCUUUGUUGAACAAAGGGCUGAUCUUUGUGAUGCUUCAGCAGCUGUACAGUGAUGCCGUAGAAACUCUAAAUUCUUGAUAAAUUAUGGCAUAAUAUUGCCGUUGCUACUAUUUGCUUAGCCGAAGAACUUGGAAAUUCAGGUACAAUGUUUUAGACCUGUUACUAGUUCUUGCCCCUCAUUUUUUUCUUUGAGGCGGUUUUCAUGCUCGUGCUUAAUAAGUUGUAACUUGUAUCAUGACAUUGACAAUUUCAUGAAUGUGUAAAUUAAAGUCAUCCAAGCAAAGAUUUGUUUGUUGGCGCA